CUGCCAUUGAGCAAAAUGCAGCUCGUAGUUUUCGCCGUGGUGCUUAUUCUACCAUCUUUUCUAAGCGGGGAAUCGUUUUCUUCUUACACCGAAGUUUCCAACGAAUGCGAGUUAUAUAUUAGAGAAGGCGGAGACAAUGUGUGCUCUGAGCAAGUAUCUGAAUACGAAACCUUUGAUCCAAGAACAUGCACUCUGAUAUGCAAAAACGGAGAAACGACAAAGUUGCCAGAAGAGGCGUGCUCGGGCGGUGAACUGGACUGCGAUUCAGAGGAAGUGAAACGAAAGCUUAAAGAGUGGAUCUUGAAAAUAUGGGCAAGGAGUAAAUGAAACAUUUUUGAUAGCUUUGGGCCCUUCUUGUGCAAAGAAAUAAUUUUGGUUGGGGUGACUGAUCAAUAAAGGUAACGUGUGUCGUUGU